UCUUUCUUUGUCAUUGCAGUAAAAUGGCUCGUGCGAUGAGGCUGUUCGCCUUUGCACUGCUGGUUGCAAUUGCAGCCUCUGUGGAUAGGAACAAUUUCAAGACCUGCGAUCAGAGCAGUUUCUGCAGGCGUUUGAGGAAGGUUGAGCAAGAUAAUUCCAAGUACAUCCUCAAUUUGGAUACACUGCAGGUGUCUGCUCAUUCAUUGGAAGCUGACCUGUUGAAUCCAGAUGCGACUUUCAAAUUCACACUCACUGCACUGGCAGGGAACACAUUCCGGUUGUUUGCUGAUGAAAUUAAGCCGCUGCAUAAGAGGUACAAGGUGGUUGGGGCUUUGGAUGGUGAGCCAAAGUUAACAAAGUUGGAGGUGUUGGAGAGGACAAAGCAGGAGGUUGUCAUCAAGUGUGGUGACAGUAAGGUCAAGCUCAUUGCUGAGCCAUUCAAAAUUGAGUUCUACAACAAAGACACUGUUGUUGCUGUUGUCAACGCGAGGGGAUUGUUCACCAUCGAACACUUGAGGGUGAAACCUCAAGAGCAAGCUGAUGGAAAUGAAGAAUUACCGAAGGAGGAUCCAGGGGCGUGGGAGGAGAACUUCAAGUCUCACCAUGACAGUAAACCAAGAGGUCCGGAGGCUUUGGCCAUGGACGUUACUUUCCCAGGAGCGAUCCGAGCUUACGGUCUUCCCGAGCAUGCCGAUCACUUGGCUCUUAGAAGCACUGGACCCGGUGCAACAGAUCCGUACAGAUUGUACAAUUUGGAUGUGUUUGAAUACGAAUUGGAGACCACCAUGGCGAUUUAUGGUGCAGUUCCCGUCUUAUACGCGCAUGGACCGGAAAACACCGUCGGCGUCUUCUGGCAUAACUCUGCCGAAACUUGGGUGGAUAUUUCCAACAGCAAAGACACCAAUGUAGUUUCGUCCAUCGUGAAUUUGGUUUCUGGUAAAAAGGACGAGAACAAAGUGGAUGCCCAUUUCAUGAGCGAAAGCGGUGUUUUGGAUGUGUUCGUUAUGUUGGGACCUAAACCUGCUGAUGUCGUCAAACAAUACGCUGCAUUGACUGGAGUCGCGCCUUUGCCACAAUAUUUCACCUUUGGUUAUCACCAAUGCAGGUGGAAUUACAAUGACGAGGAUGAUGUCAAGAAUGUGGUGGAGAAAUUCGAUGAAGGCGAUUUCCCGUUGGACGUGAUGUGGCUUGACAUCGAAUACACCGAUGGCAAGAAAUACUUCACAUGGGAUCCUGUGAAAUUCUCCCACUCGACGGUCAUGUUGAACAACCUCACUGCGACCGGUAGAAAAUUGGUGGCCAUCAUUGAUCCGCACGUUAAAAGGGAGAGCGGAUAUUUCUUGCACGAGGAUGCGCUCAACAAUGAUUAUUACGUAAAAGAUAAAGACGGAAAGGUUUUCGAAGGUUGGUGUUGGCCCGGAUCCAGCAGUUACCCAGAUUUCUUCGAUCCAACAGUCGUCGACUACUACUCGAAUCUCUACUCUUUGGAUAAGUUCAAAGGCUCCACGGAAAACCUGUACAUUUGGAAUGACAUGAACGAACCUUCAGUCUUCAACGGACCUGAGAUCACGAUGGGUAAAGACAUGGUGCACUACGGCAAUUGGGAGCAUCGUCAUGUCCACAACUUGUACGGUUUAUAUUACACGAUGGUCACUAUGAAAGGUCUUCAGGCCCGUAGCCCAAACAAAAGACCAUUCAUUCUCACCAGAGCUUUCUUUGCUGGAUCCCAGAGAUACGCCGCGAUGUGGACCGGAGACAACGCAGCCGAAUGGUCGCAUUUGGCUAUCAGUUAUCCGAUGUGUUUGUCGGUUGCCUUAGGUGGUAUAAGCUUCUGCGGAGCCGAUAUCGGUGGAUUCUUCCAUAAUCCCGAUCCGGAGCUGUUGCUGAGAUGGUACCAGGUUGCCACCUGGUUACCGUUCUUCAGGGCCCACGCACACAUAGAUACCAAACGCAGGGAACCUUACCUCUACGGCUCCGACGUGCAGAUGAGAAUCAGAAAUGCGCUGAAAUUGCGGUACGCCCAUUUGCCAAUGUGGUACACCCAAUUCUGGGAGCACUCCAGAACCGGCGAACCCGUCAUCAGACCGCUAUUCUAUGAAUUCCCAGAAGACAGCAACGUGUUGGAUAUUGACAAUCAAGUCUUAAUUGGAAAAUCUGUAAUGGCCACUGCUGUCAGUCAGCAUAGCGCCUCCUCUGCUAGCGUGUAUUUGCCUGGUGGCUCCGAACAACUUUGGUACGACUUGUCGGACUUCAAAUCUUACACGGGAUCCGGUUAUAUAACCUACCCUGUUAAUCUAGAUAAGAUCCCUGUGUUUUACAUGGGUGGUUCAAUCGUCUCCAGAAAGGAUAGACCUAGGAGAGCUUCAAGUUUGAUGCACGAUGACCCAUACACUCUAUACGUUUCUCUGGAUAAUAACAAAUCGGCAACUGGAACUUUGUACAUUGACGAUUCUGAAAGUUACGAGUACAAGAAGAAGAAAUACUUGUACAUUCGAUUCAAUUACAAAGAUAACACAUUAACUAACAGCUUCAUUGAUCAAGACGCCAAGUAUCCAACUUUGUCGUGGUUAGAACGUGUCGUUGUUCUUGGCGCUUCCAACAACUUUAGAUACGCAACUUUGAAGACCCCCAAAGGUGAAGACACGAUAUUGCAAGUGAGUUACGAUUCCGAGGGUAGGAGUUUAAUCAUCCGUAAGCCGGGCGUCAGUAUGCGAGAGAAGUUCACCAUUACUCUUCACUAAAUACAUUUGUUCAAUCUACAUACUCUUCAACCAGUGAUACAUUAGGUUCAUAAAUAUUAUAUCCAUUUUAUAAUUAGUGAUUUAGACGCGCCCUGUUUUGGUGUGUGAUUUGUAAUGCUAUUAUUUUUUACUACAUGUGUAAAUCGAGGAUAAUGUGAAAGUUGAUCAUCGAAGAAUAAGUCAUUCGAAUUGUCAGUAAAUAAAGUUUACAUGUUUAAUGUA